GCAAAGCCCAGCUUCCUGUUGCUGCACACACAGAGGGACCGUCAUUUCUCCUCUUGCACAACACGGACUUCGUCGGGAUGGAGUUGACAGAAGCUCUCUUCAAAUACCAGCUGGCCUGGCCUCAUAUGCACUACUUUUUGGCUGCGCUGUGCCUCCUUGCCGUCGUGUGCAAAUUAACCUUCAUCCUCCUCAAACGGAAGGCUCUUCUGAAGAACUUUGACGACUUUCCAGGACCCCCGGCACACGUUUUGUUUGGAAAUGUUCUGGAGUUUAAACAAGAUGGGACCGACUUGUUCAAGUUGUUAAAGUGGGCGGAGAGCUAUCCCUAUGCUUUCCCUGUGUGGUUUGGCCCAUCUAUUUGUAUUCUCAACAUUCACCACCCAGACUAUGUCAAAACUUUAUUAGCAUCAACAGAGCCAAAGGAUAAUUUUGCAUAUAAAUUCAUUGAAUCUUGGAUUGGAAAUGGUUUGUUGGUGUCAAAAGGCCAGAAGUGGUUUCGCCACCGGAGGCUCCUGACUCCAGGUUUCCAUUAUGAUGUUUUAAAACCAUACGUGAAACUGAUGUCAGACUCUGCCAAAAUAAUGCUGGACAAAUGGGAACGCUAUGCCAACUCUAAAGAGACCUUUGAAUUGUUUGAGCAUGUCAGCCUGAUGACACUGGAUAGCAUUUUGAAGUGUGCCUUUAGCUGCAACAGCAACUGUCAGACAGAGGGGGGAACAAAUGCCUACAUCAAAGCUGUGUAUGAACUCUCCAAUCUUAUUAACUUCCGGGUGAGGACGUUUCCAUACCACAGCGACCUCAUUUUCCACCUCAGCCCACAUGGUUUCAGAUACAGGAAAGCAUUAAAGGUGGCUCACAGUCAUACAGAUGAGGUCAUCAAAAGGAGGAAAGAAGCACUAGAGUCAGAGACGGAACUGGGCCGCAUACAGGCCAAAAGAUACUUGGAUUUUCUGGACAUUCUUCUCUUUGCACGAGACGAAAACCAGCAGGGCCUGUCAGAUGAAGACCUGCAAGCAGAAGUGGACACUUUUAUGUUCGAAGGGCACGACACCACAGCCAGUGGCAUCUCGUUCAUCCUCUACUGCUUGGCCUGCCACCCAGAGCACCAGAAGCUCUGCAGGGAUGAAAUUUGUGAAGCUUUACAAGGCAAAGACACCAUGGAGUGGGAGGAUCUUAAUAAAAUUCCAUACACCACAAUGUGCAUCAAAGAAAGCCUUCGUCUUCAUCCUCCUGUGCCAGGAAUAUCCAGGCAGAUCACUAAACCUAUCACCUUCUUUGAUGGAAGAACAUUGCCAGCAGGCUCUCACGUUGGAGUAAGUGUGUUUGGAACUCACAGAAACGCAACAGUCUGGGAAAACCCUCAUGUUUUUGACCCGCUGCGUUUCCUCCCAGAAAAUGUCUCUAAGAGGUCACCUCAUGCAUUUGUGCCUUUCUCAGCUGGACCAAGAAACUGCAUCGGCCAGACUUUUGCAAUGAAUGAGUUGAAGGUGGUGACGGCCUUGACACUAAAGCGGUACAAGCUGAUAGAGGAUCCCAACAUUAAGCCCAAGAUGAUUCCCAGACUGGUUCUCCGCUCACUUAAUGGAAUCCACAUCAAGAUCAAACCAGUGGAACCAGAAAUGUGAUGGAGAAAAAGAAUCUGUUGGAUUCAAUCAAAGAGAAGCAAAUUGCUUAGAAAGUGAAUUAGAUAAAAAAAAAAAAAAACAUAAAGUGGAAUUUGAGUAAAUUUUUUACACUAAUGUCUCAUGAUGAGGAAACCGUUUUGUCUAGGAAUAUUUGCACUGUUUAUCUUAAAAUGCGUUUGUUUUAUAUUUUGAGAUAAGCUUAUCUUGAAGCAAAACUAUAAGCAUUGCAUUGCACAUUGUUGUAAUACUGAAGAAUGUGACUAAAAUAGUGAGAUUGAAUGUUUUUUUACAUUAAUUAACAGUUCGUUUCCGCAGCUAGGAAUAUGUUAUAUUUUUGUUGUUGGGGCAAAUCAAAACAAAAAAGAAAAUAAGUACACACAUUUAUUUGUAAUGGAAACUUCAUGAGUUAAGACUGAUGAUUAAAAUACUAAACAUUUAAGGAAAGAAAAGGGUGUGAUGUUUUAAAACUAUAAGCACUAAGUGUUUUUCCUAAAUAAGGUCCAGUAUAAUAAUACCUAGUUUAGUGGAGACAUCAAACCAGAAAGCUUUUUUUCACAGGAAGUGCUUCAGAAAGGUAUUUAAGCACCUAUAACCUCACAUUUUGACACUUUACAACUACAAACCUAUUUGUAUUUUAGUAGGUGUUUAGAUCCCAAACCAACACCAGUUUCAGAUAGCGGCACUUCCGGUGUGACCUGCCAGUGGAUCUGCCACUUUAACUGACACGGCCACAAUUUGAGCCAGCUGUCACUCAUCAACACUGAGUAGGUGGUAAUUGUGCAGUAAUACUAGAGGGGUGCAUGGCCUUCAAAAUGGUUUAAAAGCAAAAACUUAAAAGAAUGGCACACAUUUCAAUAAAUCUUUACUGAGUCUACAGCAUAAAUGUUUCAAUUUUAUUAUUAAUCUUAUACAUUCUCUGUCGGUUUUGCACAUAGAAUGAUGUUUUUGGCCUCUCUUUAAAUGCUCAGUCUGUUAGAUUGAAUGGAGAGCAUCUGUGACAAUCAAAUUUCAAGGGUGCUCAUAGAUUCUCAACUGGACUUUGAUUGGACCAUCAAACACAAGACUCUUUAUUUCUUAACCUUUCCAUUGUAGCUCUUGCUAUGUAUUUGUUCUGUUAGAAAUUAAACCUCUGCACCAA